AUAUAUGCCAUACUAAAAGGGCCAAGUUGUUGAUAAACAAACGUAAAAAUACAAAAAGCUGUCUAUCACUAAAGGGAAAAGGGAAAAAACUGAUCAAUGUGGGUCACAAAUCAAAUCCUAAAUCAAGAUAUUUAUUUGGGGGUCCUAGGCACAAUCAUCUUGGUAAGUUUAUGUGUCAGUCUAUUAAAAGAUGUCAAGAAAACUUAUCUGCUUUUGCUGGCAGUGAAAAAUUAUUGUUCAAAAAGUAUAAACACUAUUUCCUAAAGUUAACAGAUUUGAGAAAUGAAGUUACUGGUUGACUGUUCAUUUGUGUUUGAGUUGAGUAGUUCACUAGGAAAUCUUCUUUGGAUGAAAUGUGAAAAGUUGGCAGGAUUGUCUUGCUUAAAGUAAAAUCAUAUAAUCUCGGUAAUUAACAAAUAUUGGUAGGUUAUUGACUUGUUUCAAAUCUUAUUAAAUAAAUAAAUUAAAAUUCUUAGAUUUGAGUUGAGAAUCUUGUCCUAAUCCAAGUGAAGAGGCCAUAGGUAUAGAUAUCUUUAUUUAAGUAAUCACCACUUUUCAAAAGUAAAAGAGAAGAAUAUAAGAAAUGAAAGCUUACAGAAGAUGUACAUAGUAACAGUGUGGUUGUAUUUAAGUGAGUUUGGUCUAUUGGUUGAAGUUUGUGAUUGAUUUUUACUGCUUGCUUGGACUUGAUCACCAAGAAUUCUAGAUUUUGGUGUAGAAACCAGUUGCCAAAGAAAACUUUUACAUUUGUUUUUGUUUUCAUUAUUUUCUGGGGAAGGGUAGGCAAAAGAAGAAGCAUAUGAUUUAUGCUUAGCUAGUGUCAAAUAAUCUAAUAACCAAAAAUGAGUCAGCAAAUGAAAUGAUGGGUUUUAAUAAUUAUAUAGGUCCCAUGUUAAUGAGGAUUGAGACAUUUGAAUCUAAUCCUUAAGCAUAUUAAAGUUUCUAUUCAUUUUGUUUAGUGGAACCUCAUCACCUGCUUAUUCACUUCUUACCUUUUCAUUAUAUUAAAAAAGCCAUGAGGAAUAUAUACCCUUGUAUUUUAUAUAUAAAGGCUCUUUUUUAUCCACCAUUUCCCCUUACUGAUGAUGUUACAUUAACAUGUAUUCAUAUUACAUAUACAGUCUAAAUUUCUUAUGUCAUCAGAUCUAGCCCCUAUUUGUUAAGGAUAUAUGUUGAACUUUGCAUUGGUAGAGGUAAAAUCUCUUAACUAAUAAACUAGUUACAGCCUUAUAGGGAAAAUAACUUGAAAUUUGGUAUAUUAAGAUGCAUUUCAAUAGUGUACAAGUUACUUUUUCCUUACUAAAAAGAAAGUUUUAGAUAUUUUAUAUUAUUAUAGAAUCUCAGUCCAAAUCUGAUAUGGUUGCACAGUUACCUGCUUUUGGUUAGAUAUACACAUACACAGGAUAUCUAUAUAUAACCUCCUCUUGUGCCUCCUCAGCUCCCAUCAAAACCCUCAUUUCUCAUUUGUGUGUUUCCUUUCAUUUUUUUUUUUUUUUGUUGAGUUUGAUUUCAAAAAUAAACUUUUGAAGUCAUGGUUGAUCCUCAAUCACCAAUCACACCACACCUAUACCCACAAGCAAUUCAACUGAAACUCUAUCAAGCCUUCAUCUUCUCAAUUCCAAUCUUAUUUUCCAUCAUUCUCUUCCUAUUGUUCUAUCUCUUUUACCUCAAGAGAAGAGCCUCUUCUCUCUCCUCUCCUCCCAUGGUUCUCCCUGUUUCUUUGAGCCACCAGCCUUCUUCUCAUCUCCCUUCGAUUUGUUUGUUAGAUGUGAAAUUAGAGCUCAAAGAAAAGCUUCAUGUCGUUUUGUUCAAUGAAGAACUAGGAACAAGAGAUUCUCUAUGUUGCGUAUGUUUGGGAGAAUUCGAGUUGAAGGAAGAGUUGGUGGAAAUGCCUUCAUGUAAACACAUAUUUCAUAUCGAUUGUAUACACCUUUGGCUUUAUUCUCACAACACUUGUCCUCUGUGUCGCUCCUCUGUUUCCAUCUCCUCCACCAAAACCGCUGUGGAGGACGACAACGACCAUCCAGAUUCUCCUCAAACUUCACCAGUUUGACUCAAACCCCGAAUGAAAUAAAGAAAUACAAGUUUUGUUAGUGAAUAGAUCAGUACAAAUUGUAAAUUUUAAUUUUGUUGGUUCAAGAGAUGAAAAAUGUAUUCCAUCACAGUACAUUAUUGGUUACACAGGAUCAUCACAUUAUUUUCUCUA